AUGCCAUCACACCAUCCCGAACCGGGGGAUUCUUUCCCCUCACCGCCACCAGUACCCCCAAUCAAUAAGGCUGCGCCCCUUGAUCACUGGGAGGAGGAAUUCUUUGAUGGCACCGACAUCCCCAGAGAAACAUACAGAGCUUGGGUCUCUGAUGAAGAAGCUCCUCUCCGCUUUCAAUCUACGUUGAGGUUGAUCCGUCCCUUGAAUGAUCCACCACUAGGCGCAUCGGCCCAAGUAUGGCUUGCGGUGUCGGAUCUUGGGGCAUUUGCCGUCAAACUGUAUACCCCGUAUACCGAUGAAGACGCAGCAGCGCAAGCAGGACGCUUACCACACCCGAAGCCCAGUAUACAAAAAGUUCUGCAUGAUUGCCACCCAUUCGUGCUGGAGACAAGGGCUUACGAACGCAUCCGCAAGUCCUGUCCGCCUUCUCAGCGAUUCUUUUUCCUGCGGUAUUACGGAAUAGUCGACAGCCCUCUUCUUCCACCUCCAUACCAGCGUGACCGAAUACGGAUGCUAAAGGCAUUGCAAAAACUUGGAAUAUCUCACGGCGAUGUCAAGCCCGACUGUUUUGGUCUGCCAGAGUCGCCACAUUACAUUGCUCUGUACGAUCUCGGCCGUUCUUACACCUUCAGUCCAGAUCGUCCCUGUAUUACGAACGGCACCCGCCGUCUACGACCGCUAAAGCUCGCGGAGAAAGUCGAUUGUCGCAACGCCCAACACACCGUCCUCAAGAUGGUCAAGUCGGGUCAUUUAUUCAAUCACUUUAAACGGCUACUAGGGACGACCGAAGAGGAUACACGCAAAGCGCUACGCCUUGCCAUUAACCAGAGUCCGCUAGCAACGGAUCUCCCACUUAUUCUCCUUUCUGGACUUGUCGAAGACGACGGCCCCUUCUUCCCCUCUCUCUCUUCAAUCCUGCCGUUCCUGGAGCCAGCGGCAUCUGGGCGAAAAGCGACUUGGACAGUGGCCCUGGCACACCAUCUCGACAGGUUCGUCGCGGUAUCUUGUUCCGACGUGAAACCCUGCGCCGUGGCAUCUAUGGGGGUUCGCGUCGCGUCUCUCGUCUCGUCCACUGGCGUCGUGAUCGAGCAGCUCCGCCUCCUCUGCCCGGAGCAGCCGGCGAUACCCACCGCCGGCGGACGCUCAAUGGUUGCCCUGCUACCCAGUGCGUGGCUGCAAUUUCUCGAUACGAGACGGUUUUUCUGCGCCCUCUACUACAGCAACUUGACGACGUAA